AAGCCAACAUCUGCGCGAAAGACAAUCCCACUUGUGUGGCCAUUUGCCGUUUGGGGAUUAGAAACAGUCGGACCAUUCAAAACAGGCCAAGGAGGCUACACACAUCUGUUGGUGGCAGUCGACAAGUUUACAAAAUGGAUAGAAGCCAAGCCCAUCAAGAAACUCGACGCCUCCACAGCCGUUAAGUUUGUCAGGGACAUCAUCUCCAGAUUCGGAGUGCCUCACAGCAUAAUCACGGACAAUGGGACAAACUUCGACUCAGACAGAUUCAAAGGUUUCUGUGCGAGUCAGGGUAUCCGAGUGGAUUUUGCUUCCGUAGCACAUCCGCAAUCCAAUGGACAAGCUGAGCGUGCGAAUGGACUUAUCCUUCAAGGUUUGAAGCCUCGACUCUUGCGAGAGGUAGGACAUGCUGCUGGUGCAUGGGUCACCGAGUUACCUUCAUUACUUUGGGGCCUCCGCACCACUCCAAACCGAUCAACGGGGCGAUCGCCGUUCUUCCUCGUCUAUGGAGCAGAAGUGGUCCUUCCGAGUGACCUGCUUCACAAUGCCCCGCGAGUCGAACUCUUCUCCGAAGCCGAAGCGGAACAAGCAAGGCAAGAUGGAGUCGAUCUUCUGGAGGAGGAACGCGAGAUGGCACUCACUCGUUCAACAAUUUACCAACAAGAUCUGCGACGCUUUCAUGCACGUCAUGUCAGGAGCCGCACGUUCCAAGCAGGCGAUUUAGUGCUCCGAGUGGAUCAACAAAGACCCCACAAGUUGGCU